AGUUCAGGGCAACUCCUGCCACUUGGAUUGGGCCAGACCAGGACCGCACCAUCCCCUGCUGGGACAUGGAGUUACUGUCGCCGCCGCUCAGAGAUGUGGACUUGACGGGCCCGGACGGCUCUCUCUGCUCCUUUGUCACAGCCGAUGACUUCUACGACGACCCGUGUUUCGACUCCCCGGACCUCCGCUUUUUCGAGGACCUGGACCCGCGCCUGGUGCACGUGGGCGCGCUCCUGAAGCCCGAGGAAUCUGAGCGACUGAGUGACCACCCACCCUCGAUGGACUACAGCGGCCCCCCGAGUGGCGCCCGGAGGCGGAACUGCUACGACGGCGCCUACUACAGCGUGUCUCCCCUACCUCAUCCCUCCUCCGAGCCCAGGCCAGGGAAGGGGGCGACGGUGUCGAGCCUCGACUGCCUGUCCAGCAUUGUGGAGCGGAUCUCCACGGAGAGCCCCGCCGCGCCCGCGCUCCUGCAAGCCGAGGCGCCGCCAGAGUCACCUGGGUGUCAGCAAGAAGCGACCGCCCCCGGCGAGGGCGAGCUGGGCGCUCCCACCCCUUCCCCGGACACCACCUCGCAGUGUCCUGCGGGCGCAAACCCCAACCCCAUCUACCAGGUGCUUUGAGGGGCACCUCCCGAGGGACGGUGCGCCAGGGCCCCUCGAGCCCGAAAGGUUGAGUUUAAAUGACGCUCCUCCCAAUCGCGCUUUAAAAGCGACCCCUCCCUGGGCGGGAGAGGCGGGUCACCCGAAAAGCUUGCCCGCCCUCCGACCCCAGCGCAAGGACGCUGCCCGUUUUCCCACUCGGCACCUUUCCCUGACACGCGAUGGCCGCCUGGAGUUUCCCGGUGAGGCACAGCCAUCCUUCGAGGGACAGGCCCUUCCUUUUUCUUGCUGCCUCCACCACGGGGGCUGAGACCCUUGCAACUCUGCGCCCUCCCCACCACACCCAGGUGUUUUUUAGGGGCUCGGCCCCUACCUUCAGGAGACCUCGCUACAUGCUACAUCCACUUUUCCCCACCGCCUGCAGGGUAGCUCCAGUGCCCCCUCCCACCCCGUCCCGCGGUUCAGGACCACUUUUUGUAAUACUUUUUGUAAUCUAUUCCUGUAAAUAAGAGUUGCUUUGCCAGAGCGGAAGCCCCUAGGGCUGUAUUUAUCUCUGAGGCAUGGUGUGUGGUGCAACAGGGGCUUUGUAUGUUUAUACAGCAGGCGCGCGAGCUGCGGGCGCUCGUUGCGGGCGCUCGCUCAGGUGUUGGAAA